CCGUACUAAACGAAUUUUUGAAUUUUACUUCUCUUUUAAUCAAAUUUAUUAAUCAAUUGUUAUUACAGAAAUGUUUAUAGCUUUCAAAAAAUGUGAAAGACAAACUUUAAAAAAAACUUCGAGUGUAAUUUUCACUGGUGAUAAAUUUUCGAGGCUAACCUACAUACUUAAAAAAAAUUAAUUCUAGUUUUAUUCAGUUACGAAGUACAAUAAAUUCAUGAAAAAUAAAUUUAUUAACUCAGGAACGUGAGAAAAAUAUAAAGAAUAAAAAAUAAAUUCCCAAUCUGAAUAAUUACUUGAAAUAUUGAACAGUCGCUAAAAAAAGGAACUAGGGUUGAUGGAAAAGACUUUCAAGUUCCAGAGUUUUAUUAAAUUCAAGACAUUGAAAAAGUUGACUAAGACACAUGUUAUAUGCUAGUCAGAAUUUAUCAUUUUUUUUUUUUGGAAAAACUGUUGACCGCACAUGUGAACUGGAUAAUUUUUCAAAGUUAUCACACAUUACUGCCUGGCAACUUGUAAAAGAAGGCGAAUUUCUGACACCCGCUGUCCCGGCUGAGUUUCAAUCGAACUCACUGCGAAAGAAAACAAAAACAAUAUGGAUACUAAUGUAUGCAUUGGUCGUGAAAGUGAAAAAUCAUUUCGCGAUGCUAUAGGUAAUGACGAUAUAACAAGAGUUAAAAAUCUCGUAAAGACUGGAGUCUGUGUAAACACCACUUUUGAAAAUGGAACUACACCGUUAAUUCUAGCUAUAGAACAAAACAGAAAUGAGAUUGCUAAAUAUUUGAUAGAUGAAGGUGCUAAUGUUAAUGUUGUUCAUGAUCAUAAAACGCCCCUGAUUCUGGCUGUUGAAAAUGAUCAAGACGUAAAUGUUGUUUGGGAAAAUGAAACACCUUUACUUCUGGCGAUUGAAAAAAGUAAAGAUGAAAUUGCUAUAUAUCUGGUAGAAAGAGGUGCUGAAGUAAAUGUUAUUUGUGAAGAUAAAACGCCCCUGAUUCUAGCUAUUAUUAAUCACAGAAAUAGAAUAGCUAAAUAUCUUAUUGAUAGCGGUGCUGAUGUUAAUGUUGUAUGGGAAAAUAGAUCACCAUUAUAUCUAGCUAUCGAUAACUGUGAAACUGAAUUAGCUGAAUAUCUAAUAGAUCGAGAUGCAAAUAUAAAUUUUAUACCGAAAUAUUUCACAGGGAAAAAGGCCAACGAAAACUUAUUUUCAAGGGGGCUAACACUAUUACAUCUAGCUAUUGAGAAAAAAGAUGAAAAAAUAGCAAAAUCUUUAAUAGAUAGAGGCAUUGAUAUCAAUGCUGUUUGUAAUCAAAUAUCGCCCUUUUAUCGAGCUCUUACAAAAGGUGAAACUGAUAUAGCUAAAUAUUUAUUGGAUAAAGGUGCCGAUGUAAAUCGCGAUUGUGAAAAUACAUCAGCAUUAUAUCUAGCUGUUUAUCACCGUGCAACGGAAGUAGUUAAAUAUUUAAUAGAUAGAGAUGCUAACAUGAAUUAUAUUUCUACCAAUUUAACGCUACUGCAUUUAGCAAUUCGUAGAAAAGCCGAUGAAAUAGCGAAAUAUUUAAUAGAUAAAGGUGCUGAUGUAAAUCGUGUGUGUGAAGGUACAUCACCAUUACAUGAAGCUAUUAAUCACUGUGCAACGGAAGUAGCUAAAUGUUUAAUAGAUAGAAAUGCCGACGUAAAUUUUAGUUCAAACAAUGUAACGGUACUACAUUUAGCUAUUGAUAGAAAAUGCGAUGAAGUAGCAAAAUAUUUGGUAGAUAAAGGUGCCGAUGUAAAUCGCAUUUGCGAAGCUAAAUCACCAUUAUAUGAAGCUAUUGAUCACCGUGCAACGGAAGUAGCUCAAUAUUUAAUAGAUAGAGGCGCCGACAUAAAUUUUAGUUCUAACAAUUUAACGCUACUGCAUUUAGCUAUUGAUAGAAGAUGCGAUAAAGUAGCAAGAUAUUUAGUAAAUAAAGGUGCCGAUGUAAAUCGUGUUUGUGAAGAUACAUCGGCAUUGUAUGAAGCUAUUAAUCACCGUGCAACGAAAGUAGCUAAAUGUUUAAUAGAUAGAGGUGCUGACAUACAUUUUAUUUCGAAGGAAUUAACGCUACUACAUUUAGCUAUUUGUAGAGGAGACGAGGAAAUAGCAAAAUAUUUGGUAGAUAAAGGUGCCGAUGUAAAUCGCAUUUGUGAAGCUAAAUCACCAUUAUAUCUAGCUCUGUACAUACAUGCAGCGGAUUUAGCUCAAUGUUUAAUAGAUAGAGGUGCCGACAUAAAUUUUAUUUAUAACAAUUUAACGCUACUGCAUUUAGCUAUUGAUAGAAGAUGCAAUGAAGUAGCAAGAAAAUUAGUAGAUAAAGGUGCCGAUGUAAAUCGUGUUUGUGAAGAUACAUCACCAUUAUAUGAAGCUAUUAAUCACUGUGCAACGAAAGUAGCUAAAUGUUUAAUAGAUAGAGGUGCUGACAUACAUUUUACUUCGAGGAAAUCAACGCUACUACAUUUAGCUAUCUGUAGAGGAGACGAGGAAAUAGCGAAAUAUUUGGUAGAUAAAGGUGCCGAUGUAAAUCGCAUUUGUGAAGCUAAAUCACCAUUAUAUCUAGCUCUUUACAGACAUGCAGCGGAUUUAGCUAAAUAUUUAAUAGAUAAAGGUGCCGACAUAAAUUUUAUUUCUAACAAUUUAACGCUACUGCAUUUAGCUAUUGAUAGAAGAUGCGAUGAAGUAGCAAGAUAUUUAGUAGAUAAAGGUGCUGAUGUCAAUCGUGUUUGUGAAAAUACAUCACCAUUAUCUGAAGCUAUUUAUCACCGUGCAACAGAUUUAGCUCAAUAUUUAAUAGAUAGAGGUGCUGACAUAAAUUUUAUUUCUUACAAUUUCACGCUACUGCAUUUAGCUAUUGAUAGAAGAUGCGAUAAAGUAGCAAGAUAUUUAGUAGAUAAAGGUGCCGAUGUAAAUCGCAUUUAUAAAGCUAAAUCACCAUUAUAUCUAGCUAUUUACAGACAAGCAACAGACCUAGCUAAAUAUUUAAUAGAUAGAAAUGCCGACAUAAAUUUUACUACGAACAGAUAUACGCUACUACAGUUAGCUAUUCUUAAAGGAGAAGAUAAAAUAGCGAAAUAUUUAAUAGAAAAAGGUCUUGAUGUAAAUGAUGCUCUUUGGAAAAGACCAGCGGGUAUUUGUAGAUGUAGUGCAACAGUCAGAAGCAACUGUAGGAUCGUUGAAUAUUUAAGACACAAAGGUACUUAUGUCAAUGCUGUUAACUGUAAAGAUAAAUCGCCAUUAUAUUUAGCUAUCGAGAACAAUAGAACUGAAGUGACUAAAUACUUAAUUGAUAAUGGAGCUGAUGUCAACGACACUUUCAACAAAAAACAACUUUUACAAGUAGCGCUUGAGAAAAAUAACAGAGAUAAUGUUGAAUAUUUACUUACAUCUGGUUUUGAUGUUAAUAGGAAAGAUGGAAAUGAAAAUGUGGUGGUUGAUUAUUUAAAUACAUCAGAUCAAUUUUAUGAUGUUACUGAUACUGUGAAGCAACAUGUUGUGAAAUUGAUUGUUGCUAAUUUUCACGUGUGUGAAGAAAAUAAGAUGGCUGUUGCUGAUAAAAAAUAUGAUUCAUUACGUAAUUCAUGUGCAAAAGAAGUUGAAUUGAUGAAACAGAAUUCAUUAACGGGAUGUACACUUACGUAUUAUGAGUUAUUGCAUAAGCCGUUUCAUAAAUCAGCUUUAAAACUAAAAUGUUUGUUUAAAAAUAAUCCUCAAGUAAAAAAUACAUCUUCCGGCUUAAAAUUUGUAUCACAGAUUCCUUCUUAUGAAAAUAUUAUUCACUACCGUUUCAAUAGAGCAUUAGAAAGAGCUAAAUUGUUGGUUCAAGUUGAUGACUUUAUUAUCAAUAUUUCUCAAAAUUUAUUAUUAGAUCCAGAAGUCGUAAGAGAAGUUCUUCAAUAUCUAACAAAUAGGGACCUAAAAUUUCUUUGUAAUUCUUUGUAAGACGUCUUAUUUAUUUUAUAGUUUUUUAUU